GUCACAAGACACAUUUCUCGUGUGCGUCUGUUCAGUCCAUGCACCGGGCUGCUUUUUGGCGUUUGCUCCACAAUCCUCGACAUGUAGCGGGAUUUAUCUGUGGUACAACCGGCACCAUGGCUGUGGAGAACCAGAACCGCCUCACGAGGAUCAUUUGCACCGGAUGAGACGAUUGUGUUCUGGGAACUUUCAAGCCAGGACCCCGAAACUUGUUUUUUUUGCAGCCUGCUUUGUUUCCCAAGGAGCACAUCGAUUGGCGGAAGCAAGUCAAUACGCAAGGAGAAAGGUGCUUGCUUGUCCGGUGUGGAGAGUGUCCUGUUAGGGUGUUUUAGGUGAUGUUGUCGGUGCUUUCUUACGGUCGACUCGUUGCCAGAGCGGUCAUCGGCGGACUUUCACAGACGGAUAGCCGAGACUACAGCCUGGUGACGGCGAGCUGCGGCUUCGGCAAAGACUUUCGUAAAGGCAUCCUCAAAAAAGGCAUGUGCUACGGAGACGACGCUUGUUUCAUCGCCCGGCACAGGACUGCUGAUGUUUUGGGUGUUGCAGAUGGCGUGGGGGGUUGGCGUGACUAUGGUGUGGACCCUUCUCAGUUCUCGGGGACACUGAUGAGGACGUGCGAGCGCCUGGUGAAGGAGGGACGCUUUGUGCCCAGUAACCCAGUGGGAGUGCUCACCACUGGCUACUACGAGCUGCUGCAGAACAAAGUGCCACUGCUGGGCAGCAGCACGGCCUGUAUUGUGGUGCUGGACAGACAGAGCCACACGUUGCACACAGCCAACCUGGGAGACUCUGGUUUCCUGGUGGUGCGAGGGGGAGAGGUGGUCCACCGCUCAGACGAACAGCAGCACUAUUUCAACACGCCCUUCCAGCUGUCCAUUGUCCCACCUGGAGCCGAGGGGGCAGUGCUCAGUGACAGCCCUGAUGCAGCAGACAGCUCCUCGUUUGACGUUCAGCUCGGAGACAUCAUCCUCACAGCGACUGAUGGGCUUUUCGACAACAUGCCUGACUACAUGAUUCUCCAGGAGCUCAAGAAACUCAAGAACUCAAACUAUGAGAGCAUCCAGCAGACGGCCCGGAGCAUCGCAGAGCAAGCUCACGAUUUAGCCUACGAUCCCAACUACAUGUCGCCCUUCGCUCAGUUUGCAUGUGACAACGGCCUGAAUGUGCGAGGAGGAAAGCCGGAUGACAUCACGGUGCUGCUGUCCAUCGUGGCUGAAUACACAGACUAGUCUUUUUAAAUUGACAAAAUGAAGCCUGACCUCCUGCUGGACAGGAACUAGGACUUCCUCAGACCUCAAAGGCCACUAGCCCCUUCCCAGUUCAAGAUUGUCAUAAAAAAUUAUGUAGUAUCUUUUUUUAAAUUAUUAUUUUACCCAGAGAAACCACACGUUAUGGGCAGGGUGGAGGUGGAAGAGGUGUAAUGAUGGAGCUCAAUGAUUCAAAGGAUUCAAAAUUGCCACCUACAGAGCUAUAUGUGUUCACUAUAUGUGUUCACUAGUGUUAAGAAGGGAAAAUUGCACAUUGACUGAAAUACAAAGUGGCCAAAAUCCUGACAAAUUAUGUACAUGGAAGGGCCCUUGUACUGGUGAAUGAACUAGAGAAAGAUUUUACUUCUUGGUGUAAGAUUUUGGCUUAAAUGUCAUUGUUGGAUUGCAAAAUAUUUUUUUCAAACCCUACAGUUAGGCCAAACAAUAUUUCACUCUGCCAGACAAAAUGUCAAAAAAAUAUGUGCUAUCUUUAAGCAAAUAUCAAAACCACUUUUUAAAAAAAAUUUCAAAUUAAUGAAGUAUAUUAAUAAAGUCUCACAAAGAAAAUAAAGCCUCAAUUUUAUUUAAAAGCUAUUUGUGAUAGGAUUUUUUUCUUGGAUAUGAAAUUGACCAGUAGAGACAUGGUUGCAGAAAAUGAUAUUGAUUAUUAUAAUAAUAAUAAUAAUAAUAAUAGAAAAUUGUUUAUACCUUCCUGGUUUCAAUUUAAGAAAUGGCACUAAACUGAAAAAAUAAAAAUAAAAUAAAAUUAUAAUUCCCUAUUCAGGAAACCGCUUUACUUAAGACAGUGUAACAAUUUCAGUCACUUUCUCCCAAACCGGUUCAUGCGAGUUUCGUUUUGAAUGCAAGUAUUUUUAUAAAGCAAUGCCUCACAAGAAGGCCUAAAAAUAUCCCUUUACUCCUCGCCGCCGCUGCUGGGACAUUGAUUGAACGUGACGUGUGAACCAGGCCACGUUGAAUGCCCCUGCUAUGUCUCUUGUUUUGAGUAAUAAUGAAUGAAGUCUAGUCUAACCACUGGGCUGAAAUCUUUCCAACGCACAAACCAACAUAUCUGUGAAAGUUUGGUCAGGACUGAGUAUGAUUAGAGUGUAUUUUUGUAUGUGUUUUGAAUGGUAGUAAUGUUGAAUAUUAUGUGUGAUAGGUUAGGGUUAAUAAAUUCUCAUGAUAUUUUAUCUUUCAACCGAGGUUUCAUUGUUGUAUUUUUUGCUGUAAAAAUAACUUAUUUUGAUAACUAUUUCUAAAACUAUUUGGGCUGACAUAAGUUUAGAUGUGUCAAUUGGCUAAAACUACUGCAUUACGAGGCAUUUAUUAACACAAUGGGACUUGUACACUUAAUAAACAGGUUAUUGACUCCAGUAAAAAAAAGAGAAAUAUAUUUUUUUUUAAAGGAAAACAAUAUUUUAAAACUGAAUUGUAUUAGGUAUGGGAGUAUAUCAAAGUAAAUAGUCAUUUUUACAGCACUUUUUCACAGCAUAGCAUAAAAAACAGUUACAAUUUGUGUCUUGCCUACAGAUUAUGUCUUGCUAAACGAACAUCUUAAGUUGAAGGUCGCAUCUUGUUUGAUGGCAUGGCAUUUAUGUCCUCAUUGUCCUGUAAAUUUCUACUCUAAGUUAAUAUCAAUAUUUGUCAAUUAAGGGCUUGCAUUAGAUUCCUACGUCCUAAGUGUAAAUAGUCCAGAUUGUACAUUUCAUAGCAGUGAGGACAAUCUACGAUCUACUCAGCCUUAACGUAAAGCAAUUCUCUCAUUAUAUGAUGGAUGGUUAUAUCCAAUUCUACCUUAGUUUUUCUGGUGUCCUCUUCUGACUUUGUUAUGAGCAGAGCACGUGGCUAUAUUUUGGAUGUUCAAGUUCACAAUGUGUUCAGUAAAACAUUUUGAAUUGUACAGGUACUGUACAAUAUUUAAUAAAAUAAUAUUUAUUA